ACCAGUGCGAGGGGAGGCGCGGCGGCCAGCCGCUCCAAUCCGGCUCCCGGCCUCCGUGCGGCUCCGGGCGCUCUGUGCCUGGGGGGGUCGCCAUGGCGCUGCGUGCGGCCGUGUUCGACCUGGACGGGGUCCUGGCGCUGCCCUCGGUGGCCGGCGCGCUGGACCGCACGGCGGAGUCGGCGCUGCCCAGAGGCUUUCUGAAAGAAGCUUUCAGGAGAGGAGGCCCAGAUGGCUCCAGUGCCCGCCUCAUGAGGGGAGAGAUCACGUUUUCCCAGUGGGUGCCACUCAUGGAAGAAGACUGCAGGAAAUGUUCUGAGGACUCUGGAAUCCGCCUCCCUGAGAAUUUCUCUGUAAGCCAGAUCUUUGGCAAGGCAGCUGCAGCAAGAAAGAUCAACCACCCCAUGCUUCAGGCAGCUCUUGCCCUCAGAAAGAAGGGAUAUACAACCUGCAUCCUCACCAACAACUGGCUGGAUGACAGUGCUCAGAGGGGCAGCCUGGCCCAGCUGCUGUGUCAGCUGAGGCCGCACUUUGACUUCCUGAUAGAGUCGUGCAGGAUCAGAAUGGCCAAGCCUGAGCCGCAGAUCUACAGGUUCGUGCUGGACACCAUGAAGGCCAGCCCCAGUGAGGUUGUGUUCUUGGAUGACGUUGGGGCUAAUCUGAAGCCGGCCCGUGACUUGGGGAUGGUCACCAUCCUCGUCCGUGACACAGACACAGCCCUGGCAGAACUGGAGAAAGUAACUGGGGUGCAGCUUCUCGGAGCCACAGCCCCUCUGUCAAUCCCGUGCAAUCCGAGUGAUGCGAGCCACGGGUACGUGCCAAUAAAGCCUGGGGUGCGUCUGCAUUUUGUGGAGCUGGGCUCCGGACCUGCUGUGUGUCUCUGCCAUGGCUUUCCUGAGAGCUGGUUCUCUUGGCGGUACCAGAUCCCUGCUCUGGCUCAGGCGGGUUUCCGGGUACUAGCUCUGGACAUGAAAGGCUAUGGAGAAUCAUCUGCUCCUCCUGAAAUAGAAGAAUAUUCCAUGGAAGUGUUAUGCCAGGAGAUGGUAACCUUCCUGGAUAAGUUGGGCAUCCCUCAGGCGGUGUUCAUUGGCCAUGACUGGGGAGGCAUGCUGGUGUGGAACAUGGCUCUCUUCUACCCCGAGAGAGUGAGGGCAGUGGCCAGCUUGAAUACUCCCUUCAUACCGGCAAAUCCCAAUGUGUCCCCAAUGGAGAGGAUCAAAGCCAAUCCUGUUUUUGAUUACCAGCUCUACUUCCAAGAACCAGGAGUGGCUGAGGCCGAACUGGAACAGAACCUGAGUCGGACUUUCAAAAGCUUCUUCAGAGCAAGUGAUGACAUGGCUUUUAUCAGAGUGAGCCGAGUCCGUGAAAUGGGAGGACUCUUAGUGAGGGCCCCAGAAGAGCCCAGCCUCAGCAGCAUCGUCACCGAGGAGGACAUCCGGGUCUAUGUGCAGCAGUUCCAGAAGUCCGGUUUCAGAGGUCCCCUAAACUGGUAUCGAAACAUGGAGCUGAACUGGCAGUGGGGCUGCAAAGCUGUGGGAUGGAAGAUCCUGGUUCCGGCCUUGAUGGUAACCGCGGAGAAGGACCCCGUGCUCGUUCCUGAGAUGUCCAAGCAUAUGGAGGACUGGAUCCCCUACCUGAAAAGGGGACACAUUAAGGAUUGUGGACACUGGACACAGAUGGAGAAGCCCACCGAGUUGAAUCAGAUCCUCACUGAGUGGCUGGAGACUGAUGCCAGGGACCCACCGGUGGUCUCGAAGCUUUAGGGUGUGGCUCGUGCCAGCCCCCAGCAGGCCUUCAAGCCCUUCUUCUGUUGGGUGCUCCUCUUGGAACCCAUCAUUUAAUUUUAGUUAAUAUAAAUCUGACUGGUCCUGUCUGGCAGGCAAUAGCUUCCAGGUGGCUCAGGGCAGACCCAACCCUUCCCUCUAGCCGUUCCUUCCCCAGCCACGUCCAGAAGCCACGUCUCCUCCAGGUGUGGCCCCUCCCCGAGGCUUCAAGCCCUCAUCGUCUCCUGCCCAGAGCCGCGCAGCACUUGGGUGGGAAAUACCCAUGCCUCACUGCUCAGAGGAAUCCAUCUAGCCACACAUGAUAAAAUAUUUUCCUAGCAGCUGUAGAAGUUUCUCCCGAGUGUUGGCUACCGCACGCAGUUGUUAACUGUCUGCCCUGCGAGAUGGUAAGGCCCGUGAGAUUGGCGGCUGCCUGUCUAGGUGAUCCAUCCUUGAUCCUAACCCAACAGAUGCCUGGCAUUUUGUAGAUGCUCAUUAGAUGUUUGCUGGGUGAAUCAGAGAAUGGAAGCAUGGGUGGAUGGAUAGAUAAAUGGGUUCAUUUCAAAUUCUUGAUUUUGAUGUCCUACCGGGUGAGGUAGAUGGCCAAUCGCAUGACUGUGUCCACCAUACAAAGCCUCGAUGGAACAAGACUCUUGGGGCGCCCAGCUGGCUCAGUCGGUAGAGCGUGCAACCCUUGAUCUCAGGGUUGUGAGUUCAAGCCCCAUGUUGGACGUGGAGCCUACUUUAACAUGAAUGAAUGAAUAAAUAAAUAAAUAAAGUGUAGAAAAAAGACUCUUAUUAAAAUGACUCCCAGCAGGGCGCCUGGGUGACUCAGUUGGUUAGGCGACUGCCUUCGGCUCAGGUCAUGAUCCUGGAGUCCCGGGAUCGAGUCCCGCAUCGGGCUCCCUGCUCAGCGGGGGGUCUGCUUCUCCCUCUGACCCUCUUCCCUCUUGUGCUGUCUCUCACUCUCUCUCUCAAAUAAAUAAAAUCUUUAAAAAAAAAAAAAAUGACUCCCGGCAUAUCUGUUAAUGGAGCUAAAUUCAGAAGGAGAAGACCUCCAGGUGCUAGUCCUCUACGAAUCUUAGCAUUAAUUGGAUACAGUACAUCAGUGGGUUUCUGCUGCGUAGAAUAGAAAGGCAAUUUUUGUAAUAACACAGCUGAAGUAUUUAUGGUUACUGUAGAUGCUUACAGUUUUAGCAUUUAUGAGUGGGAUCACUUUGUCAGUUUACCUAAAUAGGUUUUGUCAUAUUUACAUACAAGGGUUUUGAGGCUGGUACUUACUUUUGAAAGAAUAUCAAUGAUGUUUGUACUCCUAUAAGCACUCUUUUUUUCACUGUGGUAAAAUAUACAUAAAAUUUACCAUUUUAACUAUUUUCAAGUGUACAAGUUCAGUGGCAUGAAGUACACUCACUUUGUUGUGCAACCAUCACACCAUUUGCCUCCAGAACAUUUCCAUUGUCCAAACAUAGACCAUACCCAUUAAACACUAACUCCACCACGUUCUCCCUCUCCCUAACCCAUGGCAACCCCCAUUCUGCUUUCUGUCUCUAUGAAUAUGACUAUUCUAGCUAAUUCACACAAAUGGAAUCAUACAGUAUUUGUCUUUUUGAGACUGGCUUAUUUCACUAUAAGAUCCUUUUUUUGUUUGUUUUUUGUUUUAAGAUUUUGUAUGUUUAUUUGUCAGAGCCCAAGCAGGGGGAGCAGCAGGGGGAGGGAGAAGCAGGCUCCCCACUGAGCAAGGAGCCCGAAGUGGGGCUCCAUCCCAGGACCCUGGGAUCAUGACCUGAGCCGAAGGCAGAGACUUAACCGACUGAGCCACCCAGGCGUCCCACUAUAAGAUCCUUAAGGCUCAUUUAUGUUGUAGCCUGUAUUAGAUAUUCCUUCCAUUUUAAGGCCGAAUAAUAUUCCAUUGUCUGGAUAUGCCACAUUUUGCUGAUGCACUCAUCUGUUGGUUGACACUUGAGUUGCUUCUACCUUUUGGCUGCUAUUAAUAACGCUACUAUGAACAUGGUGUACAAAUACCUCUUUGAGUCCCUGCUUUCAGUUCUUCUGAGUAUAUAUCCAGAGGUGGAAUUGCUGGAUCAUGUGGUAAUUCUAUGUUCAAUUUUUUGAGAACCCAUACUGUUUCUCCAGAGUGGCUGCAUCAUUUUUCAUUCCCAUCAGCAAUGCAAAGGGUUUCAUUUUUUUCACAUCAUCACCAACACUUGUUAUUUUCUGAGUUUUGGAUAAUAGCCAUCCUCAUGGAGGUGAAAUGAUAUCUCACUAGAGUUUUGAUUUGCAUUUCCCUAAUACUUGGUGUUGUUGAGCAUUUUUUCAUGUGCUUGUUGGCCAUUUGUAUAUCUCCUUUGGAGAAAUGUCUAUUCAAGUCCUUUGCCCAUUUUAAUUCAUGUUUGUUUUCAUGUUGAGUUGUAGGAGUUCUUUAUAUAUUGUGGAUAUUAAUCCCUUGUAAGAUAUAUGAUUUACAAAUAUUUUAGCCCAUUCCAUGGGUCAUAAACCCAUUUUUAAUCAAUUAUAAAAUAACUCCCACAUCUAAAAGGCCUUGGUUAAGACCUAACUUGUGUUUCUUCUGCAGUUCCUCACUGUUUUCCAUGAUGUUUGUGCCAAACCCCCCAGAAUGGGGCUGAAUGUAUCAGCAUUGGAGAGUAGGUGUGACCAUUUGGCUUAUGUCAGAAUUUCAAAGACAGAAACAAUUCUUGGUUUAUGCAACUCAGAAAAUUCCAGAGAAAGCCCCCAAAUACUAGUCUUUUUUGCCAUUUGAAUAGAUUGAGGAGAUGGAUAUUUGGUCUUUUUCUCGAUCAAUUAUCCUGGAUUCGAGUGGAAAAAGGACUCAAAAGCAGGGGACAUUUUAGACGGUGCCAUUCCUCUUGGUCUUAUGUAUUGAGUGAAUUUUAUGCCCCACAUCACAUUUUAAAGAGAAUGAGUAAGACAAGGAAGUAAUAUCUGCAGGUCAGAAAUCUAAUAAACACUCUUCCAAAUGUUCACACUAUUUCAAAGAUGUGUUCAGUUACCACGUACAAAUUGUAUAUUAAGGAGCUCAUUCAGAUCGAUGAACAAGUAUGAGAGGAGAAAAGGUCACAAAACAAGCUUCAGUGACCAUUGAAGCAGUCACAUUAAUUUCCCUUGCCAACAAAGGUUUGAAAAAAUUAAGACUCAGCAAUUAUUGAACUAGCUGAGUCCCUCAGGCAAGGGGAAAUAAGCAAUAAACCAUCACCCUCAACCCCGGGAUGGUGGCAGCGCAGAUUGAAUUAACGGAUACACACACUGUUUUUGCUGAUUUUUAUAUUCCUUUCAUGUCAUUUUAUGUUUUGCAAUAAAGGCAAUUUGUAAGAU